AUGCCACCCAUCCCCAAGAAACCUCAAACAGAGGACUCGACCACCUUCGAUCCCGACGCUUACUUCUCAGCAUGGAGCAAGGACGAGUACACCCCACCCUACGACAACGACUUCCGCAAAUUCAUCAUCAAGACCUUUGGUCUCCCUGUCCGAGAUGACUAUCGCUAUAUGGCCCAAUCGGCCGUCGUUACAUUGCUCCAGGCACAGACAUAUGUUGAGUUUGGCGGGCAAGGGAACCUGCAUGUUUGGUACAGAGAUGGCGAGAACCAAGUCAGAGAGAACCCCAACGCGACCGACGUAGCAGCCUACACCGAUGUCUUCCGCCCUUCCACAAGCACAGCGAAAGCAUUGACUGCGCUGGCAUCAAACGCGAAGAAAGGUUCCAUCCGCGCGGACGUGGCCAAACACCUCCAGACACACCACCACCCGCCCUCAGCAAGUACUGGCAUCGUGGUGAACAAGAGCAAAACGCAUGUAAAUCCUUACUUCGACCUCUGGGCCUGGACGAACCAGAACCUAGAAUGGGGCGGCCCCGAGGAAGGCACGGCGAAGAUUAAAAUCAGCCAUGCCAUGUUACCGGUCAUAUAUCACCAUUUCGGCUGCGUGUGUCCUUCGUACGAGGCGCUUGAGAUCAUCAGGCAACUUGCGCGGGGGAGGAGGGUACUGGAUGUAGGCAGUGGAAAUGGUUACUGGACGUAUAUGCUGCGGCGCAUGGAGCCGGGGAGUAAGAAGGAGAGGAAGCUAGAGGUUGUGCCGGUGGACAGUGGGAUGAGUGAGUGGAGGACUUUGUGGGUCGGGGACACGGUUGAGGCGGAUGGAGCGAAAUAUCUUCAGCAGCAGGAUGGCGGGAAGGAAGAGGUGUUACUGCUGGUGUAUCCGACCGUGGGGAAUGAGUUCACGAGUAAGAUGAUCAGGGCGUAUCAGGGCACGACGAUUGUCUGCGCCGGCUCGCAGAAUACAUCCGGCUUCACCGGUUUCGCCACGGAGACGAUUGCAGACUGGAUUGCAAGGGAGGCGCCGGAAUGGGAGAGACUCCUACAGAUACCGCUGCCCAGUUUUGCCGCCAAGGACGAGGCGCUAUUCGUGUUUGAGCGG